GCAAGCAAAAUGAAUUUACAGCGGUUUAAUGUUACUUGUGUUAAGCUAGUAUCAGUAGGAGUACUAGUUAGCCGGUUAGCCAACCAGUGCUAGCUGUGUUAUUUUAGCAAUACGUCGCUUUUUAUCUCUCGUUUUUUGCUAUAUUUUUCUUAUUCACCUUUCCUGAAGCAGUCAGGCCUAACAUUACACUUGUACACAAGUACAAGUAAUUCAUACAACCUUUUUGCACCUAAAGAAGGUGCCAUUGGGAUUUGUUUUCGGCCGGUGGAAAAUGGAUGCGGGAAUGGAGAAAGAGUGUAGCGCAUUGGGAGGACUCUUCCAAACCAUCAUGAACGACAUGAAGGCCAGUUACCCUGCCUGGGAGGACUUUGUUACGAAAGGGGCGAAGCUACAAUCUCAGUUAAGGACAACCAUCAUAGUUAUUGGAUCGUUUCUGGAUGCCUUCCAAAAGGUUGCUGACAUUGCAACUGGAACACAAGGGGCUACAAAAGAGAUCGGCUCAGCAUUGACCAGAAUGUGCAUGAGGCAUAGAAGCAUUGAGAGCAAACUUAAAUUGUUCACCACAGCCCUCAUGGACAACCUAAUCAGUCCUUUGGAGCUAAAGCUUGAGGAAUGGAAAAAAGUGGCCAGUCAGCUUGAUAAGGACCAUGCUAAAGAAUACAAGAAAGCUCGAGCAGACAUCAAGAAGAAAUCAUCUGAUACUGUCAAACUGCAAAAGAAAAUGAAAAAAGGCAAGGAUGAGGUGCGGAUGCAGUUGGGUAGUGCACUGCAAGAUGUAAACACCUGCUAUGCUGAGUUAGAAGAAACAGAGAAGCGAGCUGUUUGUCGAGCAUUCAUUGAGGAACGAGGACGCUUCUGCUCUUUUGUCACAAUGUUUAAACCUGUUCUAGAUCAGGAGAUUGGGAUGCUUGGCGAAGUAACACAUCUACAGUCAAUUCUUGAAGACCUCUGUAACCUGACUGUGGAUCCUAAUGCUUUGCCACCUGCUAGUGAGCAGGUUAUUCUUGACCUGAAGGGCUCAGAGUACACCUACUCAUACCAGACUCCACCUGCAUCUCCCAGUAACACACUCUCACGCAAAAGCAGCAUUAACAGUACCUAUUCCUUAGUGCGACAUGUGCCCUCUCUGGACUCCAUCUCCAGUGCUGCUGAUGGCCUGCAUCUUCGAGUCAAGGAUGCAGGACAGUGCUGUGCCACUCCUCCUGUAGUGCUUGGGGCAGAGGCAGGCUCUUUUUCUCUCAAUGAGGGACAUUCUCCUAAACCUCGCCGCUCUUGCUAUCGUCGUGCCCGGCCUCGUCAAAAGGACACUGUGAGACCCCACUCAGUGUUCACUGACCGGAUAGUGUUGGAGCAGUGUGAGAAUAUCAAUGCCAUAGAGAAUGGUACAUCUAAUCCUCCUCCACAUCAGUUUUACACUGGGCGUGUUGAAAGAGCCAGAGCCCAGUCAACAUCAGGAAAGCCUCAGAAAGCUAGAGAGCAGCUGGCUCUGAUGUUAGGAGGCGGGCUCAACUCUGAAUCUUCUUGCGCCAGCAGAGACUCCCUGCACUGCUCUAGUGGAUACAACACCCAGACAACAACACCGUCAUGUUCUGAAGACACUAUACCUUCACAGCAUGAUUACGACUACAUCUCUCUGCAUGGAGCUGAUGAUGCCACUAGUCCAUCAGAUUUUGAUAAGUCCUGCACAAUUCCACGGAACAGUGAUCUGGGCCUAAACUAUAGAAAACUGUUCCAUAGUAAGAGACCGGCAUCCACAGUGAGCCUGCUGACAGAGCUUGAACCACUGCCACUGCAUCAUUCACAAACGGCCACUAUCCGGCGCAAACCAUCCAGUAAAGCUAGUUUGCGACGUGGAACCAUCAGUGGAGGAGUGCCUAUCCCCAUUUCCACACCACAGGUGCCACUGAAGCACUCUACAUCCACAACACUAGACCAACAUAGCAGUGAAGAGUCAACAUUUCCACAAGUGCCUGCCCAAACACCCCAGCCCAAACACCCACUCCACACGUCCACCCAAAGCCUAAAUGCCAUGCCACCACCAUACUACACUAUGUUUCCUGGCCAGCCACCAUUGGUCAUCACAGAGCAAAUCUACCAAACCAUCAAGCUGCAGCAACAGCAAACGCAGUACCCACAUCAGCAGCAGUAUAACCAACAGCAGCAGUAUAACCAACAGCAGCAGCACCCAAUUCAAUAUAAGCAACUGCCACAAUAUCAACUGCAGCAGAACAACCAAGCACUACAACAGCAGCUACCACAUCUAAAACAGCAGCUACCACAUCAACACCAGUACAACCUACAACAGUAUGAGCAACAAGCACCACCCAAACCAGCUCAGCAUCCACAACUUCUUAAACAGCAUUCAGUUCAGCAGCACUGUCAUCAACAGCAAAUCCACCAUAAUCAGCAGUCACUAAAUCAACAGCACCAACUGCCUGAACAGAACGCUGCAGUGCAAAACUCUUUGUUCAGUCCGACUGUGGAUGCUGCCUUUCAUCCAGAAGGCACAGAUGAGCCUGAUCCAGUGGCAAGCGGUGGCAAUGAUAUGCUGAGCAUGAUACGCAGGGGGGUUAAGCUGAGACGCACACUUACUAAUGACCGCUCAGCACCUUUAGUUUCUGUCUCUUAUCUUAAAUGAACAAAGUUUUCAUGUUAUAAUUUAGACCCACUGCAACCUUGAUUAGGAUUAAGUAGAAGAAUGAAUAAAUGAGAGUUAAUACAUUCACACUUUUCUCCACAGGCCCCACAGAAUAUGGCCAUCCACUACAGUCAGGUGUAAGAAUUUAAAAUGUCUUGAUACAGUCUUUAAAAUCAGCUUAUUCUACUUUAUUUUGUUAAACAGUGUAAUUAUUGUUGGCAGUGGUUCAUGGUCACAAAAAUGCCUUGCUUUUUAUAUGUAUAUAAUUUUGUAGAAAUGUAGGCAUAAGCAAGAAGUGCUACUUAAAAUAUUAAAGUUAUUUGUUAAUAUUAUAUUGCAUGGGUAAGGUUUUCUCAGUUUUGCUGUAUUGUAUAGGUGGUAUUAUUUAGAUAUUAAUUAAGAUGACCAUUUUUGGUUUUGGUAUGUUGAUAUGGGUAGAGUGGCUUUUAGCUACUAUUUUUGUAGACAUUUAUUUGCAGGCUAAAACUGUUUUACUUCUUUUAUCUGCUUGGAUUUAUUAACUGAACAAAAUUAAAUACAUUAAAUGUUUAGGAAAGGAGAUUGAGAGGGUGGUGCUUCUUCUGUUGCUCAUAAUUUUGAGUAUUUCACAUUGAUGGCUGUUUUUUCAAUUUGUUAGAUUAGGAAAUGUAUAAAUUGUUUGGAAACAAAACUUUAGAAGAAGAAAAAAAUCAUUCCAGCUCUUGGAGGAUCUUGGAGAGGGACAAGAUGUGUGAAGUUUUUUUUGUUUUGUUUUUUUGAUUGCUAGUUGGUUGUUGUCAGUUUACCUUCUUUUAAGUUAUUGAUUUUAAAUUAAACAAUUUUGAAUACUUGCUGAAUACAAAUGCUUUUGUGAUGACAAAAUUGUUUGAUGUUAGUUUAGUGUAUACAUUUUAAGUAUUUUUUACAAUUCUAAUGUCAUGUUUUGGUUUUAUUGGGCAAUGCCAAGGAGACUGUUAGAAAAAAUUACUAACAAUCUUUUUGAUUCUACAAUACUUGAUAAAUUAUUUUUAGAUUUUGUGCUUUAUUUACAGCAAUAAUGCACCACAUGCAGGUUUAUUGGGUUCACCAGGCUAGUAGCUUGUUGCAGGUUAUUUGGCUUUUAGGUCUUGGACUGAGAAUGCUGGAUGCCUUGUGUGGAAGUGCUGUACCAUGAAAAUAAGAUAAUGUGUAGAUAAGUUACUCAAAUACCCAAAGAUUUUAGGUAGUAUCAAUAGUGUUUAGGCUGCUAAAUCAAUUAAAACUAUGUUCAGAUUUUCUUUUAGAUAUUAGUCAUCUGUAUCAGAGACUAUAAUUCUCUCUUUGUCUCUUUCUGCCCCCCCCACACUUUCCCUUCCUUCCUUCUUACCUACACACCCCUUUGAAACCUACCUACAAAUCCACCCAACCUACUUGCCCAUCUACCUAUCUACACAACCACCCACCCAACCCAAAACCUACCCAACCACCUACCUACGUACCUACCUACUCACUUAUUCAUUUGCUUACUUACUGACUAAUUUACUUAUUGACACACUUAGAAACCACAGUUGCAACUGGCAGUGUUCAGGUUGGAUUGCAAAAUUGUCAUAUUCUGUGUUGCCCACUGUCCAGGUGUAGAGGAACUUUUUUAUAAAAUAAUUGCUUCUAAAACCCAUUGAUUCAGGUCACUGUUGUGUAUAUUUUGCUACAGAGCGUGAAGGGCUGUGCCCAUGACUUGUCCAGUUCUUUUUUUCCCCCAAAUGACCUAAAGGUUGAAAUUUAGAUGUGGAGGUGGAAGUGAAUGUGAGGAAAACUUAAGGAAGUUCUCAUAUUUUCUCACUUCCUUCCUAAUAUGAAAUGUGGUCUCAUUUAAUUUCUAUUUUUUUUUUAUUGAGUGUAGCUAUGUUAGUAAACAUUUUAUCAUGUGACAUGUCCCUGGAUAUACAGAGCUGUGAAUCAUUUUAAGACACAUUUUGAACACUUGCACUGAAAACCUAAGCUGCCAGUGUGUAGGCCGUGAGCAUAGACAGAUAACUUUUGUGUUUAGGGUGUUUUUGUUUGUUUUUAAGUUUCAGUUCUUGGGUGUUUUGGUUUGUUUUUAUUUUUUGGCUGCUGUAAUAGAGUUGACCUGUUUCCACCGGUCAGAACUGUUCUAAUUUUUGUGUUGUCAGUAGUAAAGCCUUAAAAUUAAAUAUGGUUUUGGAAAAUGUAUAAAUGUUUCAUAAUGUUGUUUUAAGUCCUUUUUUGUAGCAAUUGGAUUGGCUGUACACUGCUUAACUGACGAGACAACUGCUGUUAAUUUAUUCUUUCAGACUGGUUAGCUGAAUUACUUGGCAGAUUGCUAAUUUAUUUACAGAGGGUACUCAAGAAAAAGGGCUAAUUAUGACUUAGCAGGCAUUACUAUAAGCAAAUAAAUUUUCUUUUUAAAGUAUUCCUUGGCUCAUGGCUAUAUUUAUCAUGGUAGUAUGGCACUUUCUCUUGCCAUCUCGUUUGAAAGCUUGAAGGUCAGACACAUUCAACAGCCCUUGCCCUACACAAACUAAGAUUUAUUCAGAUUCAUUAAAUUCCCUUAAUCUUUUCACAGUUAUGUAAGUUAUGUAUUGUUAUGUAUGGUAGAUGGUGAAAUACCUAAAUUAUUUGCAAUCUUGUGUUAGGUGUACAUUUUUUAAUUGUUGGAAAAUUGUCUCUCUAAGAUUGGACAAUCUUAUCAUGGAAUGUUUCAAAACUGUGUAACUUUUCACUUUAUUUUGUGUUGCAGGCAUCAAACAAUUUUUUCAUAUGUACAAAAACCAUUCAAGAUUGUCAGCCAAAACAUUAAAU